GGUGGGCGGCAGCCGGUUCUCCGUGCCCGUGCCUCUGAGGGUCUUCGUCAGCAACUUGAGAGUCGCGGGGAAACUGCGGUUGGGGCUGUUUUGGACGAAGCGCAAGGGCGGGCCGUACUUGAAAGCGCUGAGGGUGUCGUUCGUGGACAUGCCCGAGCACUCGGUGUCGAUCAAGCCGAUGACGUCGUCGAUGAUCGACAUCCGCGACCUCCCGGGCUUGGACCGCACGGUGGAAAACGCGCUGAACAAGAUGUUCACGAACGUCCUCGUGGAACCGAACAUCGUGCUGUGGAACGUGGAGCGCUGGUGGUGGAACCGCGACCUGCCGAAGAUUUGCAUCGUGUGCCGCGGCCCGUGCGUCGCGUGUAAGAUGGGGAUAUCGACCGUCGCGCAGGAACUCGCGGUGCCGGGUUUGGAGCAAGACGUCAUCGACGAAGCCGCGGCGAUGCGACAGGGAAAGAGCAAGGAGGACAAGAGCCGGCUGAUGUCCGGGACGAAGAACCCAACGCUCACGCUCGCCAUCUCCAUCCACCUCGCGGAGAUCGAGACGCUGAAGGGCACGAAGCGGAAGGACUACUACGUGAAGCUGAAACGCGGCCCGAAGAAGUUCACGACGGACGGCGCCAAGGCGGCGCCGGUGGAGACGCUCGUGACGUUGAGACCCGGAGAGGAGGACCCUUCCUCGGCUCUCGAGGACGAACCCCCCGCGGCGCUGCAGAAGAGCCUCUCGAGACGCGGCGGGAAGUUUGGUCGGUCCGGGUCGUUCGGUCGGUCGCGACAUUCGCGCAACCACAGCGACGGCGGGUCUUCGCAGGACGACAGAAGCGACGACGGCAGCGACGACGGCGGCGGCGGCGGCGGCGGCUUCCAUCGCGGCGGGCGCGAGCCGCAACCCAAGGUGGUCACGAAGUGGGUCUGCCGCCCCGUGUGGGAGGAGUUCGUGCGCCUCGACGCGUACGACAAGACCGUGGACACGGUGGUGAACUUUAAAGUCUGGAGCGACGACGGCGGCGUCGUGGGCGGGAAGACGACGAUCGGCGCGGCGGCGAUUCGCGACAUUCUCGAUUACGCCGACGGCUUUCUGCACACGCUGCAGCUGCCCAUCAUACACGCGAAGAAAGGGACCGUCGUCGGGGUGUUACACAUGCGCGUGCGCGCGACCGCGACGAGCGAGGUGGUCCCGAAGAUGGUUCGAAAGAAAGGCGGCGACGACGCGGCGUCGCAGCCGGGGGUGGGGACGCAGUUCGCGUUGUCCGCGGGCGCGGGCGGCGUCGCCGCGGGCGCCGCGGGAUCCAAGGGCGGCAAGGUCUCCUCCAUGAGCAGCACGAUGCGUCGGAACAUGACGUCCGCGAUGAGCGCGAUGCCCAUCCCCACGAAGUACGUCAAGAGCGCGGCCGCGGGCGUGCGAAGCGCCGCGUUCACCGCGAUCAACAAGCCCGCGCAGAAGACCAAGUGGGCGGCGCGGAGCGUCAAGAAGGGGUGCAAGAAGCUGUGGUACGGCAAGGAGAAGUACAAGGCGAAGAAAGAGGCGAAGCUCGCGAGGGAGCUCGAGGCUGCCGAGCGCGCCGCCGGGUUCGUGGAGGCGUGGAAGAGCGUCAGGGAGCCGCACCUGUUGGGCGCGCGCGGGGUCGGGGGCAUGGCGGCGAUCAGCGAGGACGGGUCGACGGCGGCGGCGGCGACGCGUCGGGCCCGAGAGCCGCCGGCGCCGGCGCCGCCGCCGGUGGACCCGAGCACGCUCCGCGUGAACGGGCGGCUGAAUCACAGCUCGGUGAGGGAGAAGUACGGCGCGGAGGCGACGACGCCGAAGACGCCGCCGCCGCCGGAGAAGAAGGGGAAGAAGGGGAAGAAGUGA